AUGUCAACAACAAAUAAAAAAUUGAAAGAUGAAAGUAUUCAUAAUAUCAACCAUAAAGAAGAAACUACAAGUAUUUUAAAAAAAUCAUUUUCAAAUGGACUUAAGCGGAAAUCGGAAGACGAAUUGGAAAAGCCAUCAAAAAUUAUUAAUAGAGGCAUUUUAAAGAAUCCAGAAGUGACACAAACUUUUACAAGUACAGAUAUUAAUAAUAUUUAUCAAUGUUUAUACCGUUCGCGUAGAUCGUCAUAUCCUAAACUCCCAACAAAUCUUAAUGAAGUAAUCGAUGUAAUGAGCGAGCGUCAAAUUAAAACCGUCCAAGAUGAAAACUUUGUUCUUGUUGUUAAUUCAGAUAACAAAAUUAUUUGUUUUUCAACAAAAUCUAACUUAAAACUAUUAUGUUCAGUAGACAAAAUAUUUGUGGAUGGAACUUUUACAUACUGUGCAAAAUAUUUUCUCCAGCUUUUUACCAUCCACAUUUUUAAGAACGGACAUUAUGUUCCACUUGUGUAUUUUUUACUACCCGAUAAAUGUAAAGACACAUAUGCACGAUCAUUUGGUUAUGUUAUUGAAAAAUGUUCAGAAAUAAAUUUAUCGUUCAGUCCAUCGAAAAUAGUAUCCGAUUUCGAAGAAGCAAUACAUAUUGGAGCAAAAACAAUUUGGCCAGAAAUACAAAUUGUUGGAUGCCGAUUUCAUUUGACGCAAAAUUGGUGGAAACACAUUCAAAAUCUUGGUUUAUCAAAAGAAUAUAAAGAUGAAUCAAGUGAAAUAGGUAAUUGGCUAAAAUUGGUAUUCGGCUUACCAUUGUUAAAUUCGGAAGAAGUAAGCGAUUGUUUUGCGACAGAUUUGAUGUCAAUUGCUCCAGAUGAUGAAAGGGUAGGAAAGUUCUGCGAUUAUUUGGUGGAAUAUUAUAUUGAUGAAGGAGCAAAAUUCAAUCCACACAUUUGGGCAUCAAGGGAAAUUACAUCAGAACGUACUACUAAUAGCUGUGAGUCUUACCACUCAAAAUUUAAUUCACAAUUCACAAAAGCUCAUCCCAACAUUUUCAUAUUUACCCAUGUUUUAAAUACAAAAAUACAAACUGACACUUACAUGCUUAUAAAUGGAAUAAAUAUCAAUACAAUCAGUAAAAAUAGUGCUUUUAACAAAAAAAAACAAAAUAUUAAAAAUUUAUCAAAUGAUUUGAACGAUAAUAAAAUUUCCAAGUUCACUUAUUUAAAACAUGUGUCCAAAUAUUACCAAAAGUAG